AUGGCGCGAGUCUAUUCUGAGGUCAACCAGAACAUGCCCAGGUCGUACUGGGAUUACGACUCGGUCAAUAUCAGCUGGGGUGUUUUGGAGAACUACGAAGUGGUGCGAAAGAUCGGCCGCGGAAAGUAUUCUGAGGUCUUCGAAGGCAUCAACGUAGUCAACUACCAGAAAUGCGUCAUCAAGGUGUUGAAGCCGGUUAAGAAGAAGAAGAUCAAGCGAGAGAUCAAAAUCCUACAAAACCUAGCCGGAGGGCCCAACGUCGUUGCGCUGCUCGACGUGGUGAGGGACUCCCAGAGCAAAACGCCAUCACUAAUCUUCGAAUACGUCAAUAAUACCGACUUUCGGAGCCUCUACCCCAAGUUCAACGACAUCGAUGUCAGAUACUACAUCUCUGAGCUGUUGAAGGCGCUCGACUUCUGUCACAGCAAGGGCAUCAUGCACCGAGAUGUGAAGCCUCAUAACGUUAUGAUCGAUCAUGAGAACAGGAAGGCAUGUUUCGUCCUUCCCUCAACCAACUGCGUCUCCUGCCAACAAGCUAACCCCGCCCGUUUCCAGUUGCGUCUUAUUGACUGGGGUCUGGCGGAAUUCUACCAUCCUGGCACCGAGUACAAUGUCCGAGUAGCCUCGCGCUACUUUAAGGGCCCUGAGCUACUGGUUGACUUCCAGGAGUAUGACUACAGUCUGGAUAUGUGGAGCCUCGGGGCAAUGUUCGCGUCCAUGAUCUUCCGCAAGGAGCCCUUCUUCCACGGAAAUAGUAACUCGGACCAACUCGUCAAGAUUGCUAAGGUCCUCGGGACGGAUGAUCUGUUCGACUAUUUGGACAAGUAUGAGAUUGAGCUCGAUGCCCAGUACGACGACAUUCUCGGGAGGUUCCAGAAGAAGCCGUGGCACAGCUUUGUGAACUCGGAGAACCAGCGGUUCGUCAGCAACGAGGCAAUCGACUUCCUGGACAAGCUUCUGAGAUACGACCACCAAGAACGCCUCACUGCGAAAGAGGCGAUGGCCCACCCUUACUUCAACCCGAUCCGUGACGAGGCGACCAUGCAGCAGUACCUGGGUACGGGUGGCAGCGCCCACACCUAG